AUUCUAGUAGAGGGAAAUUUCAGCGAAAAAGAAAAAAUGAAGAAAAGUAUAAAUACGUGGAAGGUUGAGCUGAAUUGGUGCCACGUGUAUAUUAAUUUAGGUGUGAUCAAUGGACGAGGUAGAAGAGGAAGAAGACCUUCACCUUCCCCUUCCCCUUUUAUUUUCAACUUGAAAGUUGAAAGCAAAAACCGCGACUUCGUUGUUCCUCUCAACUCUGAACACUGUGAUUUAACUAAAUAAUGCGGUGCCAAUUAAUUUCCCACCGUUUUACGUUUUCAUCAAACCUUUAAUACUCUCUCUCUCUCUCUCUCUCUCUCUCAUCCUUUUCUAUUACCAGCCAGAUUUGAUUGUCGAUCAUAUUGGAUUUCUGUAUGUGGAUCAUGAAUUGGUGAUGUUCAUCUGAGUCUCUGUUUUGGAGAAGUGGUGAAUCAGAGGAAGGGAACAGCGUACAUUCAUCUGCUUCUGGUGCAAACUGAGGGGAAGAUCUUUCUUUGUUGAGUGAUAUGGGUUCCGUUUUCAGUGCUGCAAAUGCUAUACCUGAGCUGAAUGAAGUCUCUUCGAACGAGACGUGCAAGAGGCAGAAGAUGUCAUUAUCUACAUUCGAUGAAGAGAGUCCAAGAUUGAUUCCUAAUCUUCCUGAUGAGUUAUCACUUCAGAUUCUUGCUAGGCUUCCGAGAAUAUCUUACUUCAAUGUAAGAUUGGUGUCAAGGAAGUGGAAAGCAACUAUCAUGAGUCCAGAAAUAUAUGAAGUAAGAAAAGAACUCCGGACCUCUGAAGAGUGGCUAUAUCUGUUGAUCAAGGUUGGGGAAUAUAAACAGCAAUGGUAUGCUGUUGAUCCUCACUCUCAGAUAUGGCAGAGACUACCUACUAUGCCUAAAGUUGCUGAAGAGCAAGAAUCAAGAAAGAGUUCUUCCAAGCUUUGGAUGUGGAACAUGGUAGAAGGUAACAGAAUAGCCAAAGUUAUCAGAGGCUUUCUUGGACAUAAGGAUGCAUUCGAUGAAAUGCCCUUUUUUGGUUGUGCUAUAGGAGCUGUUGAUGGAUGUCUCUAUGUUCUAGGAGGAUUCUCUAAAGCUUCAACUACAAGCAGCGUCUGGCGAUUUGAUCCAAUGCAAAACACAUGGAGCAAGGUGACUCCUAUGUCCACAGGUAGAGCAUACUGCAAGACCGGAAUCUUAAACAAUAAGCUUUAUGUUGUUGGAGGGGUUAGCCAAGGCCAAGCUGGACUAAUUCCUCUUCAAUCUGCCGAAGUUUUCGACCCUUCAACUGAUACAUGGUCAGAUGUCCCUAGCAUGCCAUUCUCCAAAGCUCAAGUCAUGCCGACAGUUUUUUGGGCCGACAUGUUAAAGCCUAUUGCCACGGGAUUAACCUCAUACAUGGGAAGAUUGUGUGUUCCACAAAGCCUAUAUUCAUGGCCAUUUUUCGUUGACGUCGGCGGAGAAAUCUAUGAUCCCGAGACAAACUCAUGGAUUGAAAUGCCAACCGGGAUGGGUGAGGGUUGGCCUGCAAGACAAGCAGGUUCAAAAUUGAGUGUAGUAGUGGAUGGUGAGUUAUAUGCAUUUGAUCCUUCAAAUUCCCCAGAUAGUGGAAGGAUCAAGGUGUAUGACCAAGGAGAAGAUGCUUGGAAAGUUGUGAUUGGAAAAGUUCCAAUACAUGAUUCAGCAAAUUCAGAGUCACCAUAUUUGCUUGCUGGCUUCCAUGGGAAACUUCAUGUGAUUACAAAAGAUGCAAAUCAUGAUGUUGCUGUUUUGAGGGCUGAUCUGAGAAACAACCGGGAUUGUUCUUCUCCCUCAAUAUCUUCAACUUCUUCAUCAUCAUCAUCAUCAUCAUCACACAGUGCUGCUGAAUCAGAUGCAGUUGUUUGGAAGGUAGUUGCAAGCAGGGAUUUUGGGAAGGCUGAACUUGUCAGUUGCCAAGUUAUUGACAUAUAAUUUGAAUUGAAUUAGAUAUAUUAAUCGGAAGUUACAUAUACAGGAAUUAGCCUCAGCCCUCAUUCGACUGCCUCUGUCUGUAUUUUUUGUUAAGGUGUCAGUAAGAUGAGAGAAUGGGAAGUGCUACAUCAGUAUAUAAUUAAUUAUUUACCCUAUUGAUAUUUUUGGAGUUA